UUAGUAGGUCCCACUUCCUGCAUAUGCCGCAGCGAACAAAUCCAUAAACCGUAAAUCCCCAACAUUCUCACGCGCAUCAUCUUCAAUCACCCAUCCAUCUCAAGCAAUGGCGAGCGCUAGCGUAGAUCUCGACGGGAAUCCGAUCAAGCCGCUCACCAUAUGCAUGAUCGGCGCCGGCGGCUUCAUCGGCUCGCACCUCUGCGAGAAGCUCAUGGCCGAGACGCAGCACAAGGUUCUGGCGCUCGAUGUCUAUAGCGACAAGAUCAAGCACCUCCUCGAGCCGUCGUCGCUGCCCUGGGCGGAUCGCAUUCACUUCCACCGCCUCAACAUUAAGAACGAUUCUCGCCUCGAAGGCCUCAUUCGGCUGGCGGAUCUUAUCAUAAAUCUCGCUGCUAUAUGCACUCCAGCAGACUAUAAUACGCGCCCACUUGAUACAAUCUACAGCAACUUCAUUGAUGCUCUCCCCGUGAUUAAAUACUGCUCGGAAAAUGGAAAACGCCUCAUUCAUUUCUCCACUUGUGAAGUUUAUGGGAAAACAAUUGGUUGCUUUUUACCCAAAGAUAGCCCAUUGCGACAGGAUCCUGCUUACUAUGUUCUAUCAGAAGAUUCCUCCCCUUGCAUCUUUGGCCCCAUUGAGAAACAGAGAUGGUCAUAUGCAUGUGCAAAGCAGUUGGUUGAGAGACUGAUAUAUGCUGAGGGUGCGGAAAAUGGUCUUGAAUUUACAAUUGUUAGGCCUUUCAACUGGAUUGGUCCCAGGAUGGACUUUAUACCUGGAAUCGAUGGUCCAAGUGAGGGUGUUCCAAGAGUUCUUGCCUGCUUUAGCAAUAAUCUCUUAAGACGUGAACCACUGAAGCUUGUGGAUGGAGGUGAAUCUCAGAGAACUUUUGUUUACAUCAAAGAUGCCAUCGAAGCUGUCCAUUUGAUGAUUGAAAAUCCAUCCAGGGCUAAUGGUCAGAUAUUUAACGUUGGCAACCCUAACAAUGAAGUUACGGUCAGGCAGCUUGCUGAGAUGAUGACUCAGGUUUACUCAAAGGUUAGUGGAGAACCUCCACUGGAUGCACCUACGAUUGAUAUAAGCUCGAAAGAAUUCUAUGGUGAAGGAUACGAUGACAGUGACAAGAGAAUUCCUGACAUGACCAUAAUCAACAGACAACUUGGUUGGAACCCAAAGACAUCACUGUGGGACUUGCUAGACUCGACUCUUACUUACCAACACCGGACGUACGCAGAAGCUGUAAAGAAGGCUACCUCAAAACCGGCAACGAGUUAAGAAUGUUCACUGUAAAGGCUCUCAUUAAUAUGCUCAAGCAGGAUCAAAAGAGGAAAAAAGUCACUCAAAGGAGAGGGCAAAGAACCUGUAGUGUCUUGUAAUAGACUCUUGGCCAGCUGUGAUUUCUGGCUAAAUUCUAUAAAUGGGGAGUUCUACAAAAAUGGUUCCACCAAUAGGCUAGUUUUUUUUUUGUUCGCCAAAAAUGAAAAGAAAACACGGAGGGGAGGGGAAAAACGCAUUCUUAGAAUGCGUAUUUGAGAUACGCAUUCUUAGAAUGCGUAUUCUGAAUACGCAUUCUCAGAAUGCGUUUCUCCCCUCCAUAAACUUAGUCCAGAAUAGAAUCGGGGGCAGAAGCAUUCUGCCCUCUGCGCGAACUCCAGCCUCCUCUGCGCGAAUCCCUUCCAAGAAUGCCACAUUUUCGGCGGCGGCGGUGGAAGAACGACGGGAUCGGCGGCGCGGCGGCGGCGGAGAGGCAGCGGCGCACGGAAUUCGCAGGCAAGGAGGCUGUAUUCUUCGCGCAGCUUCUGCCCGAUUCUGUUCUGUUUGUCGAUUUAUGAAGGUGAAAAACGCAUUCUAAGAAUGCGUAUCUCAAAUACGCAUUCUAAGAAUGCGUUUUUCCCCUCCCCUCCUGAUUUCUUUUCAUUUUUGGCGAACGAAAAAGCGCGACUUAGAUACGCAUUCUUAGAAUGCGUAUUUCGAAUACGCAUUCUUAGAAUGCGUAUCACCCAUUUGCAGAAACAAAAAAAAAACUAGCCUAUUGGUGGAACCAUUUUUGUAGAACUCACCAUUUAUAGAAUUUAGCCGUGAUUUCUGAUGGUGCAUAUAGAGAAUCGACGAAAGAUUGCAUUGGUAUUUUAAGAAAAGAGAAUAAAAAGCACUAGUAUGCUUUUUAUUUACUUUUCUUGACAUAUCUGUGCAGUCCUUAACCGACUUUUUAUAUGUACGAUUAGAUAUCGAUGUCUCAGGGUCUAUUACACGACCAGCCGGUCUCUUUGCCCUCCAACAAACUUUCUCUUUUGAUCAUGCUUGAGCAUUAGAUCCUUUAAAGUGAACACAGUUAAGAUUUUGAAUGA